AUGGGAGACAAAGUUAUACUGACUGAAGUUUUGGAAGCUUCAAAUCUCACCGAAACAUAUGCUGAUCUCACUGCAAAAUCCCUAAUAAAAGAGUGAGUCGAAAACUUGUUGAUGAAAAUAAAUUGAUAACUAGAAAAGGAUUACUGUAUGCUGGUGGUACCCUGGGAAUUUAUACCCUUUUAUUGUAAAUAAAAAAUAAAAAUCAUGUGGUUACAGUAGUACCACAAAGAUUACUGUACUGUAGCCUAUCUGAGAAAAUCUAAUUUUCAGAAUCAGACAUGUUGGUGAUGAUUUCGUAGUUCGAUAUUCGAACCUAGAUGAUCGUGCCGAACUUGGAGAACCGUCUGAUCAAACAACAUCUGAACAAGACGAAAAAACAUUUACAGUUGAUGAAGCUGUGGAAGCAUUAGGUUUUGGAAGAUUUCAAUUGAAACUUUCGAUUUUGACAGGAAUGGCCUGGGUGAAUAUUUAGAGCUUCAUUUGAAGGGGCUGGAUUUUUUGUGUACCUUUUUGAGAAUCUGGCCCCAGAUCUUUUUCUUAUCUCUUCAAAACCAAAAUAACAAAUUUUUUUGAAGAUGGCUGAUGCGAUGGAAAUGAUGUUACUCUCGUUGAUUUCUCCAGCUCUAGCUUGUGAAUGGGGAAUUUCUUCAGUUCAACAAGCAUUAGUUACAACUUGUGUGUUCAGUGGAAUGAUGUUAUCAAGCACAUUUUGGGGUAAAUUUUGUGAUCGAAUCGGAAGGCGAAAAGGUCUAACAUUCUCCACAUCAAUCGCUUGUAUCAUGGGAAUAUUUGCCUCGUUUUCUCCACAUUUUUAUGUACUUUUAUUAUUCCGUGGGUUGACUGGUUUUGGUAUCGGAGGGGUUCCUCAAAGGUACGUUUUAUUUUUUUUGUAGAGAUAUUUGUAUUCAUAUUUUUUUGUUCCAGUGUAACUUUAUAUGCCGAGUUCCUUCCAACUGCACAACGCGCCAAAUGUGUCGUCUUAAUUGAAUCAUUUUGGGCAAUUGGUGCUGUUUUCGAAGCACUUCUCGCUUAUUUUGUAAUGAAUACUUGGGGAUGGAGAGCUCUUAUGUUAUGCUCGUCUCUUCCGUUGGGAUUUUUUGCGAUCGCUUCAUUUGUGAGUUAAAGAUUCUGGAGAUGAUAGAGGGAAGAGGGGAAAAACAGAAAAAUUCUGAAAAUUGUUUUUUUCGUUCAAAUUUUUAUGAUUUUCAGUAUAGGCCCUUCGAAAUUAUUAGAGCCGUGGAAGAGAAAACCAAAUUACAGUAGACUUUGUCGGCUCCUCUGAUCUUUUGUAUUGAAAGAGAAAAUGUUUGGUUUUCUAGGUCAUAUAGGUUCACUUCCAAGAAUCAAAACAUUUUGAAAAUUAUUCACUUCGCUACGCUCCAUUUUUGAGUCGAAAUUAAGAAUUCAAGAAAAAAUUCCAAAAAUUCUGAAAAUGGAAUUCAAAUUUUGAACGAUACUGUUUUCAAAAAUUAUUAGAUCCGCGGAAGAAAAAAAACAGAAUAGAGUAGGCUUUGUCUCUGGUAUUGAAGGAGAAAAUAUUUGGUCCAAAGAUCAAAAAUUUCGGGCUGACAAUAGCUAAUUUUGAAAUUUAAAUUUGGUUCAGCUCAUUUGUAAGUCAAAAUUUAAAAUGCAUGAAAAUAUUCUGAAAAUGAAAAUGGAAUUCAAAUUUCAUUUUUUCCAAAAAAAAAAUUUAUUUCUAAAAAAUCCACUCGAGUCUUUCAAAAUUCAAAACCUCCCAUUUCCAGUGGCUCCCCGAAUCGGCUCGAUUUGAUAUGGCAUCUGGAAACACCGAAAAAGCCAUGGAGACACUACAAGAAGCUGCGCGAAUGAAUCGAGUACAAUUACCAGCUGGGAAAUUAAUAGCAUCAAAUUCGAAUAAAAGUGGAGCAGAAACUCGGGGAGAUAUUGUCAAUCUUUUAUCACCAGAUCUUCGAAAAACAACAAUACUUUUAUGGAUUAUUUGGUAACAUUUUUCUACUAUUAACAAGAACUACAUUGAAUUUUUCUAGGUCAAUCACGGCAUUUUCAUACUAUGGAAUGGUUCUGUUUACAACAGUUCUCUUCCAAUCCCACGAUGAAUGUCACGGUGGUUUAUUCUCAAAUGGCACACAACUUGAAACAUGUCAACCAUUAACACGUUCUGAUUAUUUUGAUCUACUUUCGACUACUUUGGCAGAGUUUCCUGGAUUAAUUAUAACUGUUUUGAUAAUUGAAUGGUUGGGAAGGAAAAAGACGAUGGCUUUGGAAUAUGCGAUAUUUGCGAUUUUCACUUUUAUGUUGUAUUUUUGUUUGGAUAGGUGAGGAGGAAAAAAUAAUUUGAAAAAAUUUAUUUUUUUGGGGAGAGUUCUUUCCAAUUUCCAAGAUUCUUUCCAAAAAUUUAAAAAUUUUAGAAAUUCUUUUCGAAACUCUGAGUUCAGAAUCACUUUAACAUUGUAUCUCUUCCGGACAUGAAUUCUGUGGAAAACCUUCUAGAACUAGGUUUCUCACAAGAAAUAAUUCAAAAAACUUCCAGAAAAAUUGAAGGCUGAAAAGUCUAUUUUUUGAAUUUUAGCUUUUAAAAAAUUUUAUGAUUAUCAAAUUUUUGAUUUUUUGACCCGAAUAUUAUGAAAUCUAUAUCUCUCUCAAUUUUCUAAAAAAAAGUUUCCAUUUCCAGAUUCACAGUAACCCUAUUAAUAUUUGUUGCCCGCGCAUUUAUUUCUGGAGCAUUCCAAUGUGCCUACGUCUAUACACCUGAAGUCUAUCCAACAACUCUUCGAGCCGUCGGACUUGGAACAUGUUCAGCGAUGGCAAGAAUUGGUGCAAUAAUCACACCCUUCAUUGCUCAGGUUUGCUCAUAUUUCAUCGGCUAUUUUGUUGUUCAAAUUCCAUCCUUUUUCUAGGUUGCAUCCGAGCGGUCUUUAUCGCUUCCAAUUGGAAUUUAUGGUGUAAUGGCUGUAUUCGGCUUGAUUGCUUCGUUGAGUUUGCCAAUUGAAACGAAAGGACGACAAAUGAUGGUAAUUUUCAGAUACACAAACAUUUUUUUACGAGCCCUCCUCCUAGUCUAAUUGAACUUAUUGGAUCCAUCGUUUUCUUGUUCUUCUCGAAUAAUUUUUGGUUUUUUUUCCAGGAUUCUCACUAG